CUCAGCUAGGCCAUGGAGUCGCGGGGCCUCCCGCCGCUCCUGCUGGUGCUCCUAAACUGCUGCACCUCUUCAGGCACCCAGGUCGUUGCCACCCCGGCUGCGGCCACCCCGGCAGUGACGAAGGAGGAUCUCAAUUCCACCAAGGCCACCCCCGCCACUCUCCGGCCCUCCCAGUCGCCUAGGACCCCGGGAACUCCCAGGGCCCCGGAGCGCUCUGGCCCCAGGCCCACCCCGGUCACGGACGUUGCUGCUCUGUGCGUCUGUGACCUGCUUCCUGCACAGUGUGAUGUCAACUGCUGUUGCGACCCUGACUGCAGCCCCGCGGAUUUCAGCAUCUUCUCUGCCUGUUCUGUCCCAGUUGUCACGGGUGACAGGCAGUUUUGUAGUCAGAAGGCAGCCUUCUACUCAAUGAAUCUGUCAGCAGACCCGCCUCACCGCGACUUCAAACUCAUCAACCAGAUCAACCCUUCCAUCUUCUGCAUCCAUAUUUCAAAUUACAAGCCUGCGCUGUCUUUUGCUAAUCCGGAAGUGCCCAAUGAAGACAAUUUUGACAGACUGAUGCGAACAUCAGGAGGCUUUACCCUGGGCGCUGAAACAGGGGUUCCUUCCACAGCCGCAUCAGAUGGCCCACAGCCCACUAAAUAUGAGUACGGAGCCCCUCUGCAGACGGCAGGUGCAUCUUCAGGAUCGUAUCUGAAACUGCCGUCACCUCUCACGUCGUCUCUGUGUGCAGAUCAGAACCCUGCAGCGUUCCUGGUGAGCCAGGCCUUCGAAUGCAGCCGAAGGGUGGACGUAGAUCAGUGUGAAGGAAUGGAAGCCCUCAGCAUGGCUCAUUACAGCAGCCCUGCUAUUCUGAGGGUACCUAAUUCAACGACACAGGUCUCCAUCAAGAUCCAGUCUGUAAUGUAUCGGUCUCUGAAUCACACACUGACCCAGUUAGAAGGCCAUGGUGUCCUGCGGCCGUCUCUGGUCAGCACUGGACAAGACAGACUCUGCAGCAACGUUGUUCUCCAGGUGAAGUACAGUCUGCUGUACACAGCCUCAGGCCAGAUCCUGGAAGCUGGCCUCUCCCUCGUUCUGGGGACACUGAGCAGCACAGUGAGUCUCCUGGAGCAGAAGUUUGAGAUUCAAUUUAUUCAGCAUGGCACCAAGCCCGUUCCUCUCAGCGGUAAUCCUGGUUACAGGGUGGGACUCCCGCUGGCCGCUGGCUUUCAGCCUCAGAAGGGUCUGUGAAUGUCUGGGAUAAUUCAGACAAUGAACAGACAAGGCCAGUUUACUAUUCUUCGUAGCACAGGCGAGCAGGACUGCCUUGCCAGCGAGGGACUCCGGGCCCCCGUGCUCUUUGGCUACAAUGUGCAGUCUGGCUGUCAACUCAGGUUGACAGGCACCAUCCCGUGUGGGCUUCUGGCACAGAAGAUGCAGGACCUGCUGAGAGGCCAGGCCUUCCCUGACUAUGUGGCUGCGUUUGGGAACUCCCAGGCCCAGGAUGUGCAGGACUGGGUGCCUGUGCACUUUGUCACCUACUCCUCCAACAUGAAGGACUCUUGCCAGCUUCCUGUGGCUUUGGGUAUAGAAGUGAAGUGGACUAAGUAUGGGUCCCUGCUGAACCCCCAGGCCAGGAUAGUAAAUGUCACUGCCCGGCUCAUCUCAAUCCCAGAGCCCCUCCCAGGGCCUGAGAGGACCGUCGUCAUCUCCACUGCAGUGACAUUUGUGGAUGUGUCAGCCCCUGCAGAGGCAGGCUUCCGCGCUCCACCCACCAUCAAUGCCAGGCUGCCCUUCAGCUUCUUCUUCCCAUUUGUGUGACAAGGUGGCCCUCGCAGAAGUGAGUACCCAUCCUGGACUCAGGAGGACAGGAACCUGGCUGCCUCCUCCCCCCGCCCCACUCCACUGCCUUUUCCCUCUCAGGAACUUUACUCUGCUGGGCUACGGUGUUGGGUAGGAUGGUCCAGCACCCUGCACAUACAGGUCAAAGGCCACAUCAUCUCUGGGCGAUGGGCGGGAACAGAGCCUGACGUAGCAAUGCAUGGAGAGCCUCCUCGGUGUACCGUCCCUGGGCUAGUGGGAGUUGUCUUCAGAAUCCCAUCAGCAUUUGAGAAGUACAAAGCAGCAAGAGGCUGUGUAAAACUGUAUGCCCACAAGGGGAUUGUACCCCAAGAUCAUGCUAAUUACAGGGCAGUCUUGGGGCCCUGCCAUGAGCUGGCUAUAUAACUGGUGGGCUGCUGUGGCUGCCACCAAGGAGAAAAUGUGGUGGGCGAGCCUCGGGGAAGGAGAGCACUGACUUUAUACAUUAACUGUACAGUAACUGAGAAAUGCUGGUGGGUACAGAGCCAGCGUGAAGCUGAUGGCACAGCUGGAUGCUGCAGAGGAGGGCCUGGGUACCAUGAUGGCUCCCUAGGGAAUGCAGCAGGAAAAGCUGUGGACCAUCUAGUAGAGAAAGGUUUUCCAGAAUGUGCUGGUACAGGGUGCCAGCUCCAGGUCCUUUCAGGAUGUGCAUUAAGCUGGUUUUACAAGCCCAGCUUCCUGGAUCACUCCCGAGCGACAGUAGAGUCCAGCUUGAGAAAAGGUUACGAUUCCUUUGCUGCAGGCGUAUGGCGUGGACACCGAGGAGGCAGCAGCACCAGUAAAGAUGUGUGCCCAGCAUCCCGGAGUGCAAGCCAAGGCAGAGAUGGGGACUGGACUCCACACCACACGUUGUCUGGCCACAGCCCAGCUCCUCUAGGUGGGGCAUCUGGAAGGCUAGUUCACGUCCCCGAGAAGUCCGUUCUGUCUCAGCAGCUUGUUGAGCCGCUCAAUCUCUUGUUCCUGUUGUAAAAGCAGACACAUACUAGGUAGUGCCCUGAGCCAGUCUGGCAUUCUGCCUACUGAAGGCUUUCAGGAAGGGCCCUGGGCAGUGAUAGCAGGAAUAAGUCACCCAGAGGAGGGACUGGACCUGGCUCUUGGAGCCUACACUGAAAAGACCAAGAAGGAGGAGCUACAGGCGUGGGGUCAGUGUGUGCUGAGGGGACCAUUUGAGUCUUACCUUCUCGGAGCAGCUGAAUUCCAGAUGCUGGAUCUUCGUGGCCAGUUGGAUGUUUAUCUGCUUUAACCUCAGGAUCUGCCGUUCCGAGCGCGUCUUCACAGAGAUGAUGAUGCCUAGAACGGAGGGGAGGGUUUUGAUGGCGCAACAGCUGAAGUCUUAAACAUGUGCGAGAGGGGAUUUGGGAGGAGUGGGUGCAUGUGCACCACAGAGUGCCUGUGGACAGCAUAGGAAGUCUGUCUGUCCUUUCACCAUGUGUCCUACAGCUUAAACUUGGAUCAUGAAGCCUAGUGUCAAGUGUCAGCCCCGAGACUUGUGUUCUGACUCGCACAGAGUUUUGGGCAAUGUAGAGACAGCUGUCACUGCUGUGCCCAUGAGGAAGGCAACAUUGUUACUUCUGAGCUCAGGAGUCGGCAGCUUGGCGCAUGGCUGCAGGGUCUCUACAGGCUAGCUGUGUUCCUGUCCCCCAGGGACAAGUGUCCCUAGCAGCAACUGAAAGUUGCUUGUCUUCCCUGGUCAGAGUCCAGAGUGUGGCGAUAAAAAGGCCAGAAGCUAAAGCAGGGACCCCCGUGCUGUAGCACGGCCCUGAUGGAUUGGCAUCUGACUGCUGACUUGGGAUGCCUACAUGGCUCCAGUGACCCACAGUACUGCCUCUCGGAUGCAGGCCAGAGAGGCCCAAGAGUGCAACAGUUACCUGCCCAGCUGCAGUGUGAGGCUUCCAGCCCUCUCAGCCCAGGCACCCCCUCAGGGAACCACUCACUGUGGCUGCACUGUGGUACACUGAAUAAACCCUUUACAUCUGUC